AUGUUCGGAGCUGAUAAACAGAGUUAUUCAUUCGCUGAUUUUCUCGUGCAGCACAAAUCUCAGUUAGAAGCUGGAGGAAUUCCGCCUGAGCAGUGGGGUGCAUUGCAUCAAAAAUUGAAAGAAGAAGUCUUCGAUGCUGGUCAAUUUUUCGAAAUUGUUUGUGAGCAACAAGAGGAUGCAACGCGCGCUUGGUCUGUUAUUGCCUUGCAGGAUAUGGACCCUGUAGAUGACGACUGCGUUUUCCUUAUUGAUCAUGCUUGGACAUUUAAACCUCAUGAAGCCCGUAGGCAACUAGAAGCUAUGCCUGAAUUAGUAGAGAGAAUGCGAAAUAUACUAGAUUUAAACGAAGAAGAAGAAGAAAAUAACGAUGAGGGAAGUGAUGAUGAAGUAACGUCUGAGAAAGCCGAACUUGACAAGUUAGAACAAGCAAAAGAGAAUGCAAAAGCUGCAGGAGUGAAUAUUCCGCGCCAUGAGUCAGUCGAUGCCAGGCUUUGCUACACCGUAAAAACGAACACUCCAGUAAUUGAUAAAAUUCUGAAGAAAAUAUGGGAAUAUGCGAACACUUACACGAUCAGAUUCAAAGCGAACAUUGAUGAAGACAGCUUGCCUCAAUGGUAUGUUAUGGAUGAAUUCGGAUCAAGAAUUGGACACUCAGAUGAGCCGAACGUUAGAGUUGUUCCUCUUUUCUACGCUCCCCAGCGCUUGGCCUACAAUAUUCUUUUUUUCACCAAAUCUGUGAAUGCAAACGAAGUUGUCAGUCGCGAUUAUUGUGACAGUAAUCUUUCAAAAAAAAACCCUGACUGGAGGAACAUGUUGUAUUUGCCUUGGGACUCAACUUACAUAGCUCCAUCAGUUUCUAAACGAACGGAAUUAGAUACAGAUUUCUUCUCUUCCGGUAGAAAUCCUGAUAAGUUGCCGAGUUCGGAAGAGCAGGCACUCACAAAAGGUGCUCGAACUCUUGGAGAUUCUGUUAAGAUCUAUGCUGAAGAUGAUCAGCUUAUACGAAAUUUGAAAGAAACCAAGUAUGAAUUGGUUGAUGACUGGCGGAAAGCCGAUGUAAUUUGGAUGUUUAAGCAUUUCCAUGAUUUUGACGUUCUAUGUCAAGAAAACCCGCGAGGUUUGAUCAACCAAUUUCCCUAUGAAAGCUGCCUUACCGUGAAGGAUUUGAUGUCCGCAAUCGUUAUGCAGAUGAACAACGGAAGUGGUCCAGCUUGGUUCCAACCUUCGUAUAACUUGAACAAUGAACUUCCAGCAUUCGUUAACUUAUUCCAGGAGAGAGAAAAAAACAAUCAAAGCAACACUUGGAUCAUUAAGCCAUGGAACUUGGCCAGAGCUAUGGAUAUGCAUGUCACCGACAAUUUAAGUCAAAUCAUUCGUUUAAUUGAAUCUGGUCCUAAGCUGGCUUGUAAGUACAUCGAGCGUCCUGUGCUUUUCCGCCGACCUGAUAAUGGAAACAAUGUUAAAUUUGACCUACGUUACAUCAUUUUCGUCAAAGAUUUGGAGAAAAUUGAUGCUUACAUAUACCGCAAUUUUUGGAUCCGAUUUUCUAUCAAUGAAUUCAAUCUCGACCAGCUCGAUGACACCGAGACUCAUUUCACAGUUUUUAACUACGUUGGAGAUGGAAACAAGAUACUACAGAUGAGAUGUGAAGAUUUCAUAAAACAGUUCUCCGAGUUGUAUCCCAAUCUUCAAUGGGAAGAUAUCCAAAAUAAGAUAAAUUCAAGUAUUCGCGAACUUCUUGAGACUGUAACAUCAAGAAAACCACCUGUUGGAGUUGCUCCUAAUGCUCAAUCUAGAGCUAUGUUUGGAAUAGAUGUGAUGCUACAAUGGAAAGGAGAAGGAAACCUAGAUAUACAACCCACUAUUCUAGAAUGCAACUUCAUGCCUGAUUGCUCGAGAGCUUGCAAUUAUUAUCCUGAUUUUGCUGAUACAAUGUUGAAUACGUUGUUUUUGAAUCAUAACGAUGACGAAAAAAUUUCUGCUCUCUGA